CACAGACAAAACUAUUUUUUUUGGAAAAUAGAAGCUUCAUUGACCCAGACAGAACUCUUACAGCACUGCCAAGAUAUAGCUAAGGGCGGAGGAGCCAACUGCCGGCCCCGAGGAGGACGACGACCAUGGAGGCACUGCAAUGGAUCCUCUCAGCCGGGGUCAACAUCCGCGAAGCGACUCAGCUGAACGAUGAGCUGGACCGCCUCCGGACCACCUUGCCCAAGGCUCGCUUCCUCGUCAGUCGUGGCGAGUGGGGCAGGUCCAAGGACAAGGAGCUGGCAAUGCUUCUCUCGCAGCUCAAGGACAGCACCUACGAUGCCGAGGACCUCCUCCGCGAGCUGGAUGAUCAGGUGCUGCGGCAAAAGAUAGAGGACGCUGACCGGAGCCGGGCAGGUCAACUCUUGUCUUCCUCUCUGAAUCUCGCAAAAAAAUUUAUCUAUGGUAGCAAAACAAGGGUAAAGGAGACCCAAGAUAAGCUCGACAAUUCAGUGGCUGCGAUAGAGGGAGUGCUCAAUUUUAUGGGUCUUAAUGUUGAGCCAGUGCAGCUCAUGCCGGAGACAAGUUCAGUCAUUGGCGCUCCUCAAGUGUUUGGCCGCGACACAGAACGAGAUCUAGUGAUCGAGAUGCUCGGUGUGACGAUUGGCCUUGAGGACAAACGUGAUCAGAUGAUCAAACUAUUGGGUGUGCCACUCACCGGAGGUUGUGGAUCUGCAGAGUCUAAUGGAAAACGAGAAGCAGCAGCAGCAGAAGGAGGAGGAGGCAAUGGUGUCACAUCUACAUCCAGAGCCAAGCGACUAAAAGGAAACAGCAGCAGCGCCGGAUUUGCUGAGACCAACCGCACUGACAACGUUUCUGUCUUGCCGAUUGUCGGCAUUGGCGGGGUGGGGAAGACUACCCUGGCUCAGCUCAUCUACAAUGAUCCAAGGGUGAAACAUCACUUUGAAGUGAGGGUAUGGGUCUGCGUUUCAGACCUCUUUGACAAGAAAAGGAUAACAAAGGAGAUCGUUGAAUCCAUCACUGGGAAAGAGUACAACCGAUCAUGCAGUUUAAAUUAUCUUCAAGAGACAUUGAAGGAGAAGCUGCCGAAGCUCCAAAAGUUCCUUUUUGUGUUGGAUGAUGUUUGGCCGAAUGCUAAUGACGAGUGGGAGGCAUUUUUUGCACCAUUGAGGGAAGGACGUGAAGGCAGCAUGGUCUUAGUGACCACAAGAUCUCCAAAGGUUGCUGACCUUGUCACCACCAGCAACUGUAAGCCUGUCCAACUCGAAGGAUUGCCCAGUGAUAUAUUUUGGGAGUUCUUCAGGAAGUGUGCAUUUGGUAAAGACUGCCCUGAGUCAUAUCCUCACUUGCAAGAUAUUGGUCAGAGCAUUUCCUCUAGGUUGUGCGGGUCUCCUUUGGCUGCGAAAACUCUCGGACGCCUGUUGAAUAUGGAGCUGACCGAGCGACAUUGGAGGAAUGUCCAGGACAGUGAAUUGUGGGAACUACCGCAUCACGAGAAUGAGAUAUUACCAGCCCUCCAACUGAGCUACUUGUAUCUCCCACAAGAACUUAAGAGAUGCUUUACAUUUUGCUCCAUAUUUCCAAAAGAUUAUAGCUUCGAAAGAGAUAAGAUAGUUGGCAUGUGGGUGGCGGAGGGCUUUAUUGCACCAGUGGGGAACAUGCAUCUUGAAGAUGUGGGGAUUACAUAUUUGGAUGAAUUGAGAAGCAGAUUUCUUUUUCAAUCUGAUCCAAAGUCCCCUGAUCGAGCUAUAUAUGUAAUGCAUGACUUGAUUCAUGAUAUGGCAAUGUCCGUUUCUGCAGAUGAAUGCAUCUUGAUGAAAGAUUUGAGCUACCAGGAGCAGAAGAGAAUGCCGCAUACAGUUCGCCAUAUGUCAGUCGAGGUUUCUGGUGAAUCCAUGAGCAGAAUGAGAGACAUUCAAUAUUUGAAUAAAUUGCAUUCACUCAGGUUCGAAAAGAAACUUAACGUUGAGAUUAAAUGGUUUAAUCAGCUUUCUAACAUCCUGUAUUUGAGCCUAAAAGGUUGCACGCUGGUAAAGCUACCUGAAAGCAUAUAUGAUUUGACUAGUCUCCGUUAUCUUGAUAUAUCUGGUAGCUGUGUACUAGAGUUGCCAGAGAAAUUCUGGUGCCUUUACAGCCUUCAAUUUUUUGAUGCACCUCGUUCCUAUCUGCGCAGAUUUCAUCAGGACAUAACAAAGCCAAUGAGCCUGCGCCAUCUAGUUCUGCCACCGACAGCAUCUAAGGCCUUAUCAGAGAUAAGAGGGCUUGGAAAUCUGUCUUGUCUACGGAACUUGAGUGAGUUUAGAGUUGGAAUAGAAAAUGGGCGUAAAAUUGGUGAGCUCAAGUUCAUGAAUCGGCUCAGUGGAACGCUGUCUAUCAGAUCUCUUCGUAAUGUUCGGAGCACCGAAGAGGCCGCUGAGGCUAGACUUUUUGACAAGCAAUACCUCAAGGAAUUGCUUCUAGACUGGGAAGAUGAGAGCACGUCCGGGUCCGGGCAGCUGAGGCGCGGUGACAGUGGAGUGGUCGAAGGCUUACGUCCUAAUUCAAGAAUUGAAAGCCUUAAAGUCCAUGAAUUUUUGGGUGAUAGGUUUUCUCCAACUUGGUUUAGACCAGAGGACUUAACGACUCUAAGAAGCCUGGUGCUUUACAGAUGCCUUUACUUGAAAAGUUUAUCAAUCCCCUGCAUAGCUUCCCUCGAACAGUUGGAGCUGAAAGAGGUAGGGAUUGAAUCCCUCACAACUUUUGCUGACCGUAGGACGCAGCAUGCAAGCAGCAGCAGCAGCAAUGGCAUUGCAUCCUUCGCCUUGACACGCCUCACUUCUCUACGUCUUUUCGGAUGCAAUAAGCUGGCAAAUCUUGACCAGUUUUUGUCCCCAGAGAACCUGCCAUCCCUCAAGUCGCUAUUCCUGGAGUACUGUGACGAUCUAGUAUCAAUACCUGUCCAUAGUUUUGUGGGAUUUGUUUGCCUACAGGACCUGAAAAUCUGCGGGUGUGCCAAGUUAGUGUGCCCACGGGAAAUGGUGUUGCCCCCAUCACUCCUGCGGCUCACUCUAUCAGAUUGCGGUGAGUUCGACAGGUCACUUGCAGCCUGCCUGGAGAACCUUACCUCUCUCACCGACCUGCAGCUGGUUCACUGUCUCAACAUCAUCUUCAUCCCGUUGAGCUCCAUCGCAGGCACCAAACGCCUGGUUGUCCGUUACUGCCCGGAGUUGUCAUCGAUUGGAGGAUCGCACGGUCUUUCAUCCAUACAGCAUGCCGAGCUAUCCGACUGCCCUAAGCUGACCGAAGUAGAACAGCCCUACAAAAAGAACACAGCCCUACAAAAAGAACACAUCGAGAUACUGCAAAAAGAUCUGCUCAAGUUUUGGAGUACGCCAGAUUGGAACAAGUUUCUGAGUACGCCGUGAUGAUAUGCUUACACCUUUCCCCGUCACUACAAAGAUCUUUUGCGAAUGGAUAAAUUUAGACGUGUGUUUAUUGUAGUAUCUUUUGUAAAGGAUUGCAUCCUCUGUACAUGUGUAUUUGCAGAUGACCGGUUGAUCUGAUACGAGUUAUGUAUGUGGCUGAGGAUAACUAUUUUGUAUUUUCAAAGUUUAGAACUGAUGGCAUAUU